AACAACUGUCCAGCGACGCCAACCGCCUUCAGUGCGAAACCAAAAUCCCCCAAAUUCAAAAUUGUUUUCUCUAACCUCAAACAAAAUGGAGCCCCGCGAAAUCAAAAAACUCGACGAAGCGGUAAUUAAUCGGAUCGCUGCUGGCGAAAUCAUCCAGCGUCCCGCCAACGCGCUUAAAGAAAUGAUCGAAAACAGCCUGGACGCCCAAAGCACCAACAUCCAAAUCACUGUGAAAAAUGGGGGCUUGAAACUCUUACAGAUCCAAGACAACGGCACCGGGAUCCGCAAACACGACUUCGACAUCGUGUGCGAGCGCUUCACCACGUCGAAACUUCGCGAAUUCGACGACCUCCAGAACAUAGCGACUUACGGCUUCCGGGGGGAGGCUCUGGCGAGCAUCAGCCACAUCGCGCACUUGACUAUCGUGUCGAAAACUAGCAGCGAAGUGUGCGCUUAUAAGGCUAAUUUUGUGGAUGGGAAGCUGCAAGGGGCGCCGCUUCCGACAGCCGGGAAUCAAGGCACGAUUAUCACGGUUGAAGAUUUGUUUUUUAAUAUGGACGUGCGGAAGAAGGCGCUGCGGAGCCCCGCGGAGGAGUACCAGAAGAUUUCGGAGGUUGUGGGGAAGUAUGCGAUACAUAACGCUAGUGUGGGGUUCGCGUUGAGAAAGUCGACGGAAAAUAACGACAUCAGGACGCCCCCGGAGUCCACGCGCGUGGAUAAUAUUAGAACGGUGUACGGGAAUAUAAUUGCAAGGGAGUUGGUGGAGUUUCAGGUUGAGAAUGAUUUGUUGAAGUUUAAGGCGAGGGGGCACAUGACCAAUGUUAAUUACUCCAAUAAAAAGUUUACUUUUUUGUUGUUUAUUAAUAGUAGAUUGGUGGAUUGCCACAAUUUGAAGAAGUGCAUAGAUCAGGUCUAUGCGACGUAUUUACCCAAAAAUUCCCACCCUUUUGUGUACUUAAGUCUGGAGUUGGACCCCGUGACCGUGGACGUCAAUGUGCACCCCACAAAGCACGAAGUCCACUUUUUAAACGAAGAUCAAAUCGUGGAAGCCGUUUGUUCAGCCUUAGAAACAAAGUUACUGAAGUCCAACAAUUCUAGGAUAUUUUACACACAAGCGAAGCUCCCAGGCGCCCACCCCGAAAUCCUCCCCCUCAAAGACCCCGCCCCCGUGCACCCCAAAGACUUAGUGCGAACCAGCCCCGCCACCCAGAAACUGGAAAAGUUCUUCGGCCCCGCCCUCGACCAGAACAAGAGCGUCCUGGAUUUGAACGCCUCCACCUCCAAGGAGGACAAAGUCAGCGCCUCCUUGCUCUCCAAAGUGAAUCGAAUCGACACUGAGUUGACCAGCGUCCUGGAAUUGCGCAAAUCCAUCGAGAGGAAGUGUCACAAAGUCCUGAGGGACGUGUUCGCGCAGCACGUGUUCGUGGGUACUGUGGACACCUCCCAGGCCCUGAUCCAGUACAGCACGAAGUUGUUCCUGUGCAACACUAGAAAAAUCAUGUACGAGUUGUUCUACCAGUUUGUGUUGUACAAUUUUCAAAAUUUCGGGGCGAUAAGUUUCUCGGAGCCGUUGCCGGUGUACGAGUUGGCGCUGCAAGGGUUGGAGUUGCCGGAAGUGGGGUGGAGUCCCGAAGAUGGGGAUAAGAAGGACUUAGCGGAGAAGGUUGCUGAGAUUUUGACGGAAAAGGGGGAGAUGUUGAAUGAGUAUUUUUCGAUGAAUGUGGACGAAGAGGGGCGGUUGUGUUCGAUACCGCUACUUUUAGAUAAGUACACCCCUGAUAUAGCCGGGCUUCCCGUCUACAUUGUUCGUUUAGCGACUGAAGUCAACUGGGAAACGGAACGCGAGUGUUUUGAGAGUUUUGCUAAAGAGACGGCCCUGUAUUACUCUCAAAUGAGCGAAGACUCCGCCUGGGAGGGUAAUGAUUGGAAGUGGCUAACAGAACACGUCGUGUACUCAUCAGUAAAACAGUACUUUAUUCCACCGAAGAAGUUUACCGAGAACGGAGCCGUCUUGGAAGUGGCAAACCUCCCCAAUUUGUAUAAAGUCUUCGAAAGGUGUUAAAUUUGAUUUGUAAUUUAAUAAAAAAUAAUUUGUUUCGUACCAA